UGACAGGCAGUGUCGCUCUCUGGUGUUGGUGCAGGAAUAUUACAAACAAGGGAACUAUAUUAGCACUGGAGGGACCUAGUAGCUCGUUAAUAUCAAUACGAACCCUCAGUAAAGCUAAGUUCUGCUCGUUUUAACAGUAAAUGUGCGUGUUUUUACCCGGUUUAAUGGGGAUCACGUGUAUGUAGAAGGGACUGAAACGUUACCUCAGCAUUCGUUGGCUGCUCUCGCCUCGCACGAUCACAUGAUCCGCGGGCUAGCUGCGGUUAGCUUGUUAGCACGGAGCCUGUCGGAGCUCACCAGGAAACGCUGCGAGCCGACGCGAUCUGGAGCUGUCAAACAUAUGCGUGAACAUUCCUCCAGCUGUUUGGCGUUUUACUCCUCGUCGGACUCCACAGGGAACAACGUGCACGCUGGUUGAACGUCACCUACAUGGCCGUUCCCUUCAUCAUCAUACACACGAGCAUGUGACCGAGGACCAGGGUCUACAGCACAUGAUCUGGACCAGAGGAGGAGGCCAACAAUCCGUCAGGGGUGAGAGGAAGAGGCACAUGUCAUCCACUUAAAAACUGGUGAAUUAUUUCUCAGUGGUCGACCGGGAGUGAAUAGCCAUGACGACAAAGACAUCCCUGUUGAAAGUCAUCCUGCUGGGUGACGGGGGUGUAGGGAAAAGCUCGCUCAUGAAUCGCUACGUCACCAACAAGUUCGACGCGCACCUUUUCCACACCAUCGGCGUGGAGUUCCUCAACAGGGACCUGGAGGUGGACGGCCACCAGGUGACCCUGCAGAUCUGGGACACUGCCGGCCAGGAGCGCUUCCGUAGCCUGAGGACUCCUUUCUACCGGGGCUCCGACUGCUGCCUGCUCACUUUUAGUGUCGACGACAACCAGAGUUUCCUCAACUUGGGCAACUGGAAGAAGGAGUUCAUUUACUACGCAGAUGUCAAGGAGCCGGAGAAGUUCCCUUUUGUGAUCCUGGGCAACAAAGUGGACGUGACGGAGCGGCAGGUGUCUACUGAGGAGGCUCAGCGGUGGUGCCAGGAGAACGGCAACUACCCCUAUUACGAGACCAGUGCCAAGGAUGCCACCAAUGUGGCCGUGGCCUUUGAGGAAGCAGUACGCAGAGUGUUGGCAAUGGAUGAAAGAACAGACCACCUCAUCCCCACAGACACUGUCAAGCUCCACAGAAAACCUCGCUCUGCUACCAGUUGCUGUUCAUAACAUCCAGGAGUUUUCACUAACAUUAAUUUGCUGUUACGCCUAACAUGCAUCAAGGCUGUAGGUGUACAAUGCUGUAGUAAUCCUAUUUAAACAAGUUAUGCUACUGGCUUUGUGAUUUAUUAUACUGUUAAUGGUUUGAUGGUCCUUAUAGUUGGACUUUGGUUUAAAGAGAGAGAGAUGAAACACUAAAUUCAUCCUAGACUACACAUAAACAAGAAGCACUGAAUCAUUUCAGGGUUGAAAAGGAUCGCAAAGAAAUAAACUAUUUCAUGUCAGUCUAACACCACCUGUGAUGAACUAUAUAAUCUCAUGAAUGACCAAAGGCGUUAUCUUUGAAAGGUUUCACUUCACUCUGUUUAAUUAUUCCAUUCCAUCAUGAAGUUAAAUUAUAAUGUGACUCACUGAUAAUAUGCUGUGCUAUCUCAGUAGUGCACUUGUUAUUGUAUCCUUGGACUUCACUCCAGAAUGUGACCGUGUCGAUAAAGUGAGGACCUGUUUAUUUAUGUUUAGAAAAUAAUCCUUUAUACAGCCCAAUAACCUUAUUUCUGGUAAUUAAAAAGUAGCUAAGGCACUACUCUAUGAAACUAACAAAGUCAGGCUUGUUGUGACAAUUGUACCUCUAGGUCUUGUUUGUGCACAUUUUUCAAAAUGAAUAGAUGGCUGUGUAGUGAAAGCACUGAGGGACGAGAUCCCUAACAGAAGAUAAAUAUUCAAGCAAAGUUAACAUGCAUGGCAUUUGGUGUAUGCUUGUGGAAACAUUUUUAUUUUUUAUCUGUUUUUACCUAAAAGAAAUCACUGAAUCAAGCUACAAUAUUUUUUUUAGAGGUCAGAUUAAAUAGUGGUUAUGAUUAAGUAAAUCUUUUUUUAUAUAGUUUUAAAAAAACUAUUUGGAUCUUAAAAUCACACAUUUUAUCCCGACAGUUUUAAGCACUUAGGUAUAUAGAUACUUUUAAAAAUUAACCAUUCAUUUUCUUUGACUGUUUCUCAUGAUUUCAUUUCCAUUUAAAGAUGUACCUCUGGUUUACCAAAUGAUAAAUAAACCCCCUUGAGAAUU